AUGCUCAUUGUUUCUCAUACACUUAGCGAGGGUUGAAGUGGUGGUUUUGCGAGGUGUUUCUGUGUUGGAGACUCUACCCCACUUUAGUCCUUAUUGGCGUGGUUUGUAAUAGUUACCAGUGCCCUUUAUUCCGCUAGAGGACAUUCGGGAGAGUUGCCUACGGAGUGAAAAAUAUGAUAACUUCUGCUGCGGGUAUCAUAUCCCUCCUGGACGAGGACGAGCCUCAGCUGAAGGAGUUUGCACUCCACAAGCUGAACUCGAUUGUCAAUGACUUCUGGGCAGAGAUUUCGGAGUCUGUGGAUAAAAUAGAGGUCCUUUAUGAAGAUGAGACAUUCCGCAGCAGAGAGUUUGCUGCUUUGGUAGCCUCUAAGGUUUUUUACCACCUUGGAGCUUUUGAGGAGUCCCUGAACUAUGCUCUGGGCGCUGGGGACCUUUUCAAUGUCACCGAUGACUCUGAGUAUGUGGAGACUAUUAUUGCCAAAUGCAUUGACCACUACACCAAGCUGCGUGUGGAGAACGCUGAGCAGCCUGAGGAUGAGGAAAAAAAGAGCAUUGAUCCUCGCCUGGAGGGCAUUGUUAACAAGAUGUUCCAACGGUGCCUUGAUGAUCACAAGUACAAGCAGGCCAUUGGGAUAGCUCUUGAGACGAGGCGCUUGGACAUCUUUGAGAAGACCAUCCUGGAAUCGAAUGAUGUCAGUGGUCUGUUAGCAUACAGCUUGAAGAUCUGCAUGACGCUUAUGCAGAAUAAAAAGUUCCGUAAUGAGGUGCUCCGAGUGCUCGUUAAGCUCUAUAUGAACCUGGAGAAGCCAGAUUUCAUCAAUGUUUGUCAGUGUCUGAUAUUCCUGGAUGACCCUCAAGCAGUUAGUGAUAUACUGGAGAAGCUGGUUAAGGAAGACAACCUCUUGAUGGCCUAUCAGAUCUGCUUUGACCUCUAUGAAAGCGCCAGCCAACAGUUCCUGUCCUCUGUCAUCCAGAACCUCCGCACAGUGGGCACCCCAAUUCCUGCUGUGCCAGGCUCCACCAACACUGGCACUGUGCCAACUCAGGACAAAGACAGUGAUGCCAUGGAAACAGAUGACAAGGCUUGCAGUUCCCCAGCUGGAAAGACUGUGGACGGGAAGGAUGAACCAAAGGACCAGAACUCAAAAAUGAUCAAGAUACUCAGCGGUGAAAUGGCUAUUGAGCUGCAUCUCCAGUUCCUCAUUCGCAACAACAACACAGACUUGAUGAUCCUCAAAAACACAAAAGAUGCAGUACGAAAUUCUGUGUGCCAUACAGCAACGGUCAUAGCAAACUCUUUCAUGCACACAGGAACCACAAGUGAUCAGUUUCUCAGAGAAAAUCUGGAGUGGCUUGCAAGAGCAACAAACUGGGCUAAGUUCACAGCAACAGCGAGUCUUGGUGUCAUUCACAAGGGUCAUGAAAAAGAGGCUUUGCAGCUAAUGGCCACUUACCUGCCCAAAGACACCUCACCUGGCUCCGCCUACCAGGAAGGAGGAGGUCUUUAUGCCCUUGGAUUAAUCCAUGCCAACCAUGGGGGAGACAUCAUCGAUUACCUCCUCAGCCAGCUGAAGAGCGCAAGCAAUGAUAUUGUCCGUCAUGGAGGCGCCCUCGGGCUCGGGCUAGCAGCCCUUGGAACUGCCCGACAGGACGUGUACGAUCUACUUAAAUCAAACCUUUAUCAAGAUGAUGCAGUUACAGGAGAGGCAGCAGGUCUGGCCCUGGGGCUGGUUAUGCUGGGCUCAAAGUCAGCCCAGGCUAUCGAGGACAUGGUAGCCUACGCCCAGGAGACCCAGCAUGAGAAGAUCCUGCGUGGUCUGGCUGUGGGCAUCGCACUGGUCAUGUAUGGCAGGAUGGAGGAGGCAGAUGCACUCAUCGAGAGCCUGUGCAGGGACAAGGACCCUAUCCUCCGCCGCUCAGGAAUGUACACAGUGGGCAUGGCGUACUGCGGCUCUGGGAACAACAAGGCCAUCCGCCGCUUGCUUCACGUGGCUGUGAGUGACGUGAAUGAUGAUGUGCGCAGAGCUGCUGUCGAGUCCAUUGGGUUCAUCAUGUUCAGGACUCCAGAGCAGUGCCCUAGUGUGGUGUCCCUCCUGUCUGAGAGCUACAACCCCCAUGUGCGCUGUGGAGCAGCCAUGGCUCUGGGCAUCUGCUGCGCUGGCACUGGCUACAAGGAAGCAAUAAACCUGCUUGAACCCAUGACGAAUGACCCGGUGAACUAUGUCAGGCAAGGAGCUCUCAUUGCCUCUGCCCUCAUUAUGAUACAGCAGAGUGAGGUCACCUGCCCAAAGGUCAACCAGUUCAGGCAGCUGUAUGCGAAGGUGAUCAACGAUAAGCACGAUGAUGUUAUGGCCAAGUUUGGAGCCAUCUUGGCUCAGGGCAUCCUUGAUGCAGGUGGCCGUAAUGUGACCAUCUCCUUGCAGUCCCGCACUGGACAUACACACAUGCCCUCAGUGGUGGGGCUCCUGGUCUUCACCCAGUUCUGGUUCUGGUUCCCACUCUCUCACUUUUUGUCUCUGGCCUUCACCCCUACCGCCAUCAUUGGCCUCAACAAAGACCUGAAGAUGCCCAAGGUGCAGUACCGGUCCAAUUGCAAACCCUCUACCUUCGCCUAUCCCCCUGCCCUGGAGGUGCCCAAAGAGAAGGAGAAGGAGAAGGUUUCCACUGCUGUUCUGUCCAUCACCGCGAAAGCCAAGAAGAAAGAGAAAGAAAAAGAGAAGAAGGAGAAAGAAGAGGAGAAGAUGGAAGUGGAAACCCAAGAGGCUGAGAAAGAGAAGAAAGAUGAAGAGAAGGAGAAAGAAAAGGAGAAGAAGAAGGAACAGGAGCCUAACUUCCAGAUGCUGGAGAACCCUGCGCGGGUUAUGCCAGCCCAGCUCCGUGUACUUGCUAUGCCUGACAACUGCCGCUACCAGCCCUUUAAACCAUUGCACACGGGUGGCAUCAUUAUCCUAAAGGACACCAGUGAAGAGGAGGAGGAGCUUGUGGAACCAGUCUCCGCCCACGGGCCCAAAAUCGAAGAGGAGGAGCAGGAGCCAGAAGCCCCAGAGCCAUUUGAGUACAUAGACGAGUGAAUGUUCUCCCAUAGGUGGUGAAUCCAUUAGGAUCCAAGCAAGCACCCUUCUGUGUUCUGUCCUCCCCCCCAAGGCCUUAUUUCAGUUUACUUCCUCAAACUGGCCUCAUAGCCAAUGUUUUACAUUAUCAUUUUCUGUUAUUACAAUAAAAAAAAGUUAAAAAAACAAAAACAAACUGCUGGACAAAUGUGUUUGUGUUUUUCCUCCAUGCUAGUUAGCACAUACAGUGUGUAUAUAGCCCUCCAGAAUGGUUUGAGUUCAUUCUGGGCUUCUGUCGGUGUGUUCUGUAUGCUCUUCAGUAUGCUUCUCCAAACCACUGUCUUGGCUGCUUGGGGAAUUGAGUUAGAAUGUUGCUGAAAUAAAAAUUUAAGAAGUGAAAAUUAUUCAUUUUUCCUUAAAAUUUGUUCAGUGAACAAGCAUGGGUUUUGAGGGUAGGGUUCACUCAUUAAUUCAGUAGCUUCCCAAUGGACAAUUAAUGAUUUGAAAUUGUUUUAUAUCUUACAUUUAGAUGGGACAGCAUAUUUUGUUUAAAGUGUCAGUCUUGUGUGUAAAUUAAAGCCCCAGUAAGUUAUGGCCA